GGAGGUUAGUUGAGGAUCGUGACUUUGCCCGCCCUAAACACAAAGCGAAUUGACGCGUCGCGACGCGUUCGCAUCUCUUUUCUUUACUUACUGGUGUGAAGUGUUGUGGUCAGAGACUCAAGAUUAUGUCGUCCCCACCCAGAGUCGAUUUCCCAACGUCCGAUCUCGAGGAUGUCGAGAUGGAUGGACCAGCCCAGGAUGGGAGCGCCGAAGACCAAUCGAUGUCCAUCGCACCACAAAGGCUGUUCCUCGGGGGUACUCCAUCCGUAGCUGGCACCCCAGUACGCCAGCGGCAUGCAGCAGCCAGUAGUCCAUUGGCAGGAAUUACUGCAAGACGCGCGGUUGGAAUGAGCACGCCGCGCCGGCCACCUCGCACUCCCUUGUUCGCACCUGGUAGCUCCUCGCCCUUGGCCUUCCCCAGUUCUUCGCCUGUCAAAACGCUACGGAAAAGAGUCACGAUAGACUCUGAUCCACCCGCACCAGAUUCCUCAGAACCUCUGGCUUUUCCAUCGAGCCCAGCUCCCGUGAUCACUCCUGCUAAGCUUCGGAGAGGAGACAUUCGCUCUAGCUUUGCGCUCCCCACGGCAACGCCCCGUCAGGCCAGGAGGACGUAUAAUGCUGAUAUGAGCGAUAACCUGCGAUCUGAUGGAACCCGCAUGUCUAUGCCCCUUUCCUCUGCGCCAACUUUUUCUGCUCCUGCGCUGCCGUCCGACGAGCCUGAUCAAGUCCGCGCUAUAUGGGGUACCACAGUUAACAUUGCAGAGACCAUGAAACUUUUCCGCGAUUUCCUACGUGGUUUCAAGCCAAAGUACAGGGUACGCCAUGAUCGAGAGCAAAAUCUUCGCACGCGUGCAUUUUCUUCUCCAGAUGAAGCUGAAGUCGUGCUGUACGAGACCUACCUACGAAUUAUGCGCCAGACAGGUCAGACGAACCUAAACUUCGACAUGGUCAACCUCCUCGCAUACCCAGCAUCUAAGAAGCUGUUCACGCAACUCCAGAAAUACCCAGAGGAAAUUGUCCCUGCUAUGGAUCAGGUUCUGAAGGACCUCAUGUUGGAACUCGCUGAGGAGGAUCAAAAUGCUGGAAUGGAAGGUAUGCAAGGCGACCAGGGCGAUGAAGAAAUUGCAGACAUUAUGGCCAAGGUGUACAGAGUCCGUCCGUUUGGGCUGAAGGCUAUCAACAUGCGCGACCUCAAUCCUACCGACACGGACAAACUUGUCUGCAUCAAGGGUCUCGUUAUCCGUGCAACUCCGGUCAUCCCAGAGAUGAAAGUCGCCUUCUUCCGGUGUCUAAAAUGCUCGCACACAGCCCAAGUAGAAAUAGACCGAGGUAAGAUCGAGGAGCCAGCGAAAUGUCCCCGUGAUGUCUGUGAAGCAGUCGGAACAAUGUCACUUGUGCACAACCGCUGCGACUUUUCCGACCGCCAAGUUAUUCGACUUCAAGAGACUCCUGACUCUGUACCUGAUGGCCAGACGCCGCACACUGUCACUCUGAGUGUGUACGACGAAAUGGUGGACGUAGCGAAACCCGGCGAUCGCAUCAUCGUAACUGGUGUAUACAGGAGCGUACCAGUGCGAGUGAACCCUCGCCAACGAACCAUGAGGAGCUUAUUCAAGACAUACCUGGACGUCGUACAUACACGACUCGGGGCUGAUGGUGCAUUGGCCUUUGACCGCACUACGAGACCUGCUACUGGAGACCGCAUGCCCGGAAUUGGUGAUUCUGGUGACGCCGAGGAGCCGGAAUUCGAGGAUGGCAUUGCCGGUGGUCACAGGAGGAGGACGAGAAAAGCCGAACUUGAAGCCAAGCUAAUCGAAAUCAGCAGAAGGCACGACGUGUACGAUUUCCUCGCACGCUCCGUAGCCCCAUCGAUAUGGGGUAUGGACGAUGUCAAGAAAGGCGUUCUACUCCAGCUCUUCGGCGGCACUAACAAGAAUAUCGUAAGGGGUGGUGGAGGGGGUGGUCCAAGAUACCGCGGGGAUAUUAAUGUACUACUAGUAGGAGAUCCUGGUACGAGUAAAUCUCAAAUUUUGCAGUACGUUCAUAAGAUCGCACCUCGAGGGGUAUAUGCUUCAGGCAAGGGGUCCUCCGCGGUUGGUCUUACAGCAUACGUUACACGGGACCCCGAUUCGAAGCAACUUGUACUCGAGAGUGGAGCUCUCGUUCUGAGCGAUGGAGGCGUCUGUUGUAUUGACGAAUUUGACAAAAUGCCGGACGCCACUCGCAGUGUAUUACAUGAAGUCAUGGAACAACAAACUGUAUCGAUAGCUAAAGCUGGUAUCAUUACAACUCUGAAUGCCCGGACUUCCAUCCUUGCCGCCGCAAAUCCCGUCGAGUCGAGAUAUAAUGUCAACCUUCCUGUGACACGGAACAUCGACCUUCCCCCGACUCUCAUUUCCCGAUUCGACUUGCUUUACCUCGUCCUUGACCAGGUGGACGAGACAUUGGAUCGUAGACUAGCCGAACAUCUUGUCGGCCUGUACCUUGAGGAUGCCCCACUGACCGGUAGCGAAUACGACAUUCUGCCCCUUGAAGAUUUAGCAGCAUAUAUAAAUUACGCUCGCAACCACCUCAAUCCCGUGCUGAGUUCAGAAGCUAGUGACGAACUCGUGGCUGCGUACGUCUCUCUGCGCUCCGUUGGUGCAUCCGACCCCCGGUCAUCGGAGAAGAGAAUCACUGCUACAACCCGCCAAUUGGAGAGCAUGAUCCGUCUCUCCGAGGCACACGCUCGGAUGCGUUUCGCCGCACACGUAGAAGCACAGGACGUCCAAGAAGCGUGCCGUCUCAUGCGCGAGGCCAUCAGGACCAGUGCGAUGGAUCCACGCACAGGCAAGAUUGACAUGGGCUUGCUCAAUACGGGUACUGGCACAGGACAACGCAAGCUGCGAGACGACAUGCGGAAAGAAAUCUUGGCAGUAUUGGAGGGCAGCAGUGGUAAGGGCAGGGGUAUCAGAUGGGGCGACGCUAUGAGGCGUUUGGGCGAGCAGAGUAGCAUUGCCGUUGAUGCUGCAGAAUUCACGGAGGUAAUCAAGGCACUCGAGAAUGAGGGCUUGCUGAUCGUCAUUGGGGAGCGGGACAAGAGGAUGAUUAGGAAGGUCGAGGGUGCGUGAGGGGAGGGUAUUACGUUUUUCCAGGGAGACCUAAAUGUACGGCUCAAAUUCCAACCAGGAGGACACGCUGAAGGAAGGCGAAAUUCACAAUUGAAGGGGUUUGGUGUAUCUCGUGUAUCUCGAUGUAGUGCCUCACGACAUCACUCAACGUAGGCAACAAAAUUAUUUUACCAGUGUACCAACACACGUAUA